AUGAGCGAGCAAGAUGUCAGCCAUGCCAACAAGGCUUACUUCGACGGCUCUGCUAGCGAUUUCAAUGAACAGCACGAUAAUCGACACCGGGCGCAGAGCAUGGCAAACGAGAUCCUUCGCACGCAUGGGAAUCUGUUCAAGCCGGAUCAAACGUCGGUGCUCGACUUUGCCUGUGGAACGGGCUUAGUGUCGCAGGUGCUCUUGCUGCAUGCGAAGAGCGUUCUCGGCGUCGACAUUAGCUCCGGAAUGAUCGACGAAUACAACAAGAUGGCUGCUCAGCUGCAGUCGAAUUCUCCCGGAAAAGAGAUUUCCGCUCGCGCUGUGGAUCUUAUUGCGGAUCCGGGUGCCCUAGGUGGUCAGAAGUUUGACAUCAUAACCUGCGCAGCCUCGUACCACCAUUUUGACGAUAUCGACGCUGUCACCGAGAUCCUGUACGAACGGCUCAACCCGGGCGGUUCCCUCCUUGUAGUCGAUAUGCUCGUCCUCGAUCCUGGAGAAGAGCCCGAUGUUCAUCCUGAGACGGCUAUCCAACCGGAGGAAGUGAUUCGUAUGGUUCCCUACAUACAUGGAUUAUCUGAAAACCAAAUGAGCAGUGCUUUCGCCUCUGCUGGAUUGAAGAACUUCUCGUUGUCGCGCUCGGACCGCAAGCAGGUACGCGUGCAUAUCCAUGGCCGAUACGUCACGCUAUUUGUCGCACGAGGAGACCGUCCAGCAGUGUAG